AUGGCCCCCUCAGCUAUGUCUGACGGUGAUGCUUCACUCCAAAUCUCCGUCACAGAACCCCCAGCGCCUCCGAAACGUGAUACUUCACAACAAAUGCCGGCCACGGAGCCUUCGGGUGAACCCAACGGUGACAAUUCAUUACACGUAUCAAAACCGGAACAUUCGGCUAUACCCAACGGCAAUGCCUCACAGCACGAAAAAGCCUCAAUCAGCUCUUACACUGAGGAACCUCCGCAAGUUUUCACCAAUCCGCCCUUGGCAAUUUCAAACGGUGACGGUGCAUCUCUACUCUCCCUCAAGACACCUUCGAAUAUUUCUAAUGGUGAUGGUCUAGCACAAAAGUCGACCACGGAACGCUCUGCCAACAUCAACGGCAACAGUUUACCACGACUGCCUUCUAUGGAAGCCCCGGCCAGCUCCAGCGGUGACAGUUCUCCACCCCUCCCACUCCAUAAUAAGCUGCUGGAUCACGUUGUGAGGACGCCUGGAAGACAACCUUCACCUCAACCAACACAUCUAGGUGUUCCGGGCGCCUCACAUUCCAAUAAUUCCAGGAUCCUCCACGAGACGGGUCCCGGUUAUGUCGCGCCUAAGUUCGAGGGAAAGGAGCAACAAAUGGAAGAUGUGAUCGAUAUAGUUGAAGAAAAGGGUUUCCUGCCAACCGAGUUUGCUGUUUCCGAGACCGAUUGGUUCUACAACUCAUUGAGCAUUGAUGAUACAUAUUUCCAGACAGAGACGGCAGAGGCAAUUGCAAAUAAUAUCUUAUCGCUGUACGCAGCCAAAGUGGCUGCUUACUCUCGAGGUGAUAAGAAGACUGAAGUCCGGCUGGACAAAGAAGCGGCAGAUCAUGCCGUCUACAUCGAUACGAGUCAGCCGGGAAUCAGCGUUAUUGAUGGGCCCGGAUACGAGCGACGCAUCGAUGAGAAAUACAUCAAUGUCUCAACGCAUGACAAGAGCUAUCGGGUUGAAUCUUUCCGUUCCGCAAAUGCUCUGCUCGACAACAAAGAUCAACAGUUGAGAUGCUACUUCGUCUACCAAUGCCACUUUGCGAAUCCCAAUCCUGGAAGAGAUACUACAGACAUCGAACAAGUUGGUGAGAAGAGAUUCCUACAGAAGGCGACAAAGAACACCAAGGAAGUUUAUCAAGGGAUCCUCACCAACGCAGUUGCAAGGACCGGACCCGUCAUCGAAAUGUUCGAGAUUGAAGGGUCUCGAGAGAAGAGACUAGUUGUCGCGUACCGUCAAAGAUCCGCAAUGGGCAUCUUCAGUGCCUUGUCUGACCUCUAUCACUACUACGGGCUAACGAGUUCGAGAAAAUACGUUGAGCAAUUCUCCAAUGGAAUAACCAUCAUGUCAAUAUACCUCAAGCCUCUUCCAACCGAGGGACGCUAUCCUCCAAUUGAGGCGUCGAUUCACCAGAUCAUGAAAGAAGUAUCAUUACUGUAUUGCGUUCCACAAAAUAAGUUUCAGAGCCAUUUCGCCAGUGGUCGUCUGAGCUUGCAGGAGAGCAUUUAUGCACACUGCGUAUGGAUCUUUGUGCAGCAAUUCUUGAACCGUCUUGGCUCCGAAUAUACCUCCCUCACUGCCGUAUUGGAUCCCAACAACAGCAACCAUGUCGAGAUACUCUCCAGAAUUAAGCGCAGGCUUCGCAACGAAACGUUCACCGCCGACUACAUUCUAGAGAUCAUCAACAAGUAUCCAGACCUUAUCCGCACAUUGUAUCUGACAUUUGCCAACACGCAUUAUGUUCAGGUUAGAGGUGACAUGGACGAUUUCCUCCCCACUCUCAGCUAUCUGCGAAUCAAGGCUGGUCCUGUAUUGGAUGAAUCACGGAUGACAGAAAUGAUAUCAAGUGCCGUUGCUAACGAGCAUGACGAGAUGGUCAUGAUGUCUUUUAGAAUCUUCAAUUCUGCUGUGUUGAAGACAAACUUCUACACACCUACGAAAGUUGCUCUGAGUUUUCGACUCAACCCGAGCUUCCUUCCCGAGAAUGAAUACCCACAGCCACUGUACGGCAUGUUUCUCAUCAUCAGCUCUGAGUUCAGAGGCUUCCAUCUUCGAUUCCGCGACAUUGCGCGUGGAGGUAUUCGCAUCGUCAAGUCUCGAAACAAGGAAGCCUACUCCAUCAAUGCUCGAUCACAAUUUGAUGAAAAUUACAAUCUCGCAAACACACAACAGCGGAAGAACAAAGAUAUUCCCGAGGGCGGCUCCAAAGGUGUCAUUCUUCUUGACGUCAACCAUCAAGACAAAGCCCGGGUUGCCUUUGAGAAGUACAUUGACAGCAUCCUGGAUUUACUUCUACCGCCUACUAGUCCUGGCAUUAAGGAUCCAAUCGUGGACCUGCACGGUCAGGAAGAGAUCCUUUUUAUGGGCCCAGAUGAGAACACCGCGGAUCUUGUUGAUUGGGCAACAGAGCAUGCCAGAAGCAGAGGUGCUCCGUGGUGGAAAUCCUUCUUCACUGGCAAGAGUCCCAAACUAGGCGGCAUACCGCACGAUGCAUAUGGCAUGACAACAUUGUCUGUUCGGGAAUAUGUGCUCGGAAUAUACCGGAAGUUAAACCUUGAUCCAUCAAAGGUUCGCAAGCUACAGACUGGAGGCCCCGAUGGUGAUCUUGGCUCCAAUGAGAUACUGCUGGGCAACGAAAAGUACACCGCUAUUGUGGAUGGUUCUGGAGUUCUUGUUGAUCCUGAAGGUCUUGAUCACGAUGAGCUGCUAAGACUGGCCAAGUCAAGGCUCAUGAUCUCUCACUUUGAGACCAAGAAGCUCUCAUCCUUUGGGUAUCGAGUUUUGGUUGACGAUUCGAAUGUGACUUUGCCAAGUGGUGAGACCAUCAAUAAUGGCACGUCAUUCCGAAACACGUUUCAUUUGCGUGAUGGUCGACCCUUCGACCUUUUCGUUCCAUGUGGAGGUCGGCCAGAAUCGAUUGAUCUCUCAACUGUAUCAAAAUUGAUUGUUGACGGGAAAUGUGUCAUUCCUUACAUCGUGGAAGGUGCAAAUCUGUUCAUCACGCAAGACGCCAAGCUGAGAUUAGAAAAGGCUGGCUGUAUCUUGUUCAAGGAUGCGUCUGCAAAUAAGGGUGGUGUCACUUCAUCCUCGCUAGAAGUGUUGGCAAGUUUGAGCUUCGACGAUGCAGGAUUCAUCGAGAACAUGUGUGUUGGCGCAGAUGGGACCGUUCCCGAAUUCUACAAAGCAUAUGUCAAGCAAGUCCAGGAGACUAUCCGUCGAAAUGCCUACCUGGAAUUCGAAGCCAUCUGGCGUGAGCAUAAGGAGACUGGCAUCCCACGCUCGACAUUGAGCGACACUCUCAGCAUUGCCAUCACGAAGCUUGACGAAGAGCUACAGAAGACGUCAUUGUGGAAUGAUGUCGGUUUGAGGAAGUCGGUGUUUGAAGAUGCUCUGCCAGAAUUGUUGUUGAAGCAAGUUGGUCUUGAGAGGAUUAUGGAGCGGGUGCCCGACAAUUACUUGCGAGCCAUUUUCGGUAGCUAUCUUGCCAGUCGCUUUGUGUACGAGUAUGGAAGUGCGCCCAGCCAGUUUGCGUUCUUUGAUUUCAUGUCGAAACGGAUGGCGAAAGUCUAA